AGGUUCCCCGACCAGGCAGGCUCGGAGCUGGCUGCGCCCCCCGCGGUUGGCCCUUGGGUUCGGUUCAGAGCGCAUAAAAGUGAGGCCCGAGCAGCGGAGCCGAGAGGCACAGCGCUACGCGGCGGAUUCCCCCGACCGGUCGGUCGGUCGGUCGGUCGGGCUUCGCGCGCGUCCCCCCUCCUCCGUUUCUUUCCCCGGGGGGGGGGGGGGGGGGGGGAAAAAAGGCAGCGGCGGCCGCCUCUUUUGUGGGAGGGAAGGCGAAGGAGGCAGGCGGAUCGAAUCGGGGGCAGAUUUGUUCCGAAGUGAGCCGCUCCGGGAGGACUCGCCGGCCCCGGGAGUCAGGUAAAGAAGAUGUAAAGUGAAUCCCAUGUCCCAAGAUACCGAAGAAUGCUUGGCAAGCGCCGUCUUCUCCAGCCAUCUGUUGAACCAGAAGAUGUCCAAUGGAGUUUUCCAUUCAUUUCAUGUAGGAUGGAUGGCUUUGUUGCCUUCUAGGGAAUGAAAACGAGCUAGACCAGAUCUGCAGAGAUGGCUGCAUGACCUACAAAUUUUAUCUUUUAUCAAGAGGUGAAGCUCACCCAAAGAAGGUCGGCUUUUCCCAGCUUGCAAACAGAUAUAAAACCUUCUACUCUGUCUCUCUUGCUCAUUAGAGGUUUGUGGCUCAGCCGUGGACUAACGGAGAGUCCAUCUCUAUAACUGUUGAGAUCCUGUUCUCGAGGGCUGGACGAUUUCAGGACUACAAUGGAAGAGAAUGUAUUCAGUGUCCAACAGAUUCAACCGAAUGUAAUCUCGGUGAAGCUCUUCAAACGCAAAGUGGGUGGCCUUGGGUUCCUGGUGAAGGAACGAGUCAACAAGCCACCUGUGAUCAUCUCUGACUUGAUCCGAGGAGGGGCAGCAGAACAAAGUGGCCUUAUUCAGACGGGAGAUAUUAUCCUAGCGGUCAAUGGGAAGCCCCUGGUUGAUAUGAACUAUGACGCGGCCUUAGGAGUCCUUAGAAGCAUCGCUUCAGAAACUUACGUUGUUCUCAUCUUAAGAGGCCCAGAGGGCUUCACCACUCACCUAGAGACAACCUUUGCUGGAGACGGGACGCCAAAGACCAUCCGAGUCACCAGACCUCUGUGUGGGACGCCAACCGUAGGUGAUCAGGCAUCUGCUCCGAGCAUCCUCACCAAAGACAAGCAACAGGGGGAAGAACACACCAUGGGGGGCUCCGUCAGCUCCCGGUGUGUGCGGGAGAAUGGGCAAGGGGAAGAAAAUCUGGUACACAUCAACGGCAUGGUAGCCAGCAAUGUGGCCAAGGACACUCUGAAAGGAAACCAGGAUAUUCCUGACCAUUGCCUGAAUGGCAGUGUUGAGAACAGUGAACUGCUCAAGGAGAUUGAACCUGUUCUGGAUCUUCUGAAGGGUGACAGCAAGGAACUCAAUGGCAAUGCUGAAGCCAAGAUGGGAAUGAGAGAUGUCGAAGUCCAGGUGGACAGUUUCUGCGAAACGGACCGGAAGUCGCCAAGGACAUUGCCAACGCAGCUGGAGAACGUCAAUGACCAGUGGGGGGGAUCUGAAACGCACCCCAUGCCAAUCAAUAUGUCGUCAGACAAGGACCAGGUCCCUUCUGGCCAGCAGUCACCGACCAAAAAUGUGGUGAACGGAAGCCCUUCCAAGUGCCCGCGUUUUGCCAAAGUGAAGAACUGGGAAACUGGCUCGGUGCUCAACGAUACUUUGCAUUUGAAGUGCUCCAUGGUGACCCCCUGCAGUGAAGAGGUCUGCAUGGGCUCCAUCAUGAUACCUUCUCAGCAUGUCCGAAAACCUGAAGAAGUCCGGACAAAGGAUCAGCUCCUCCUCCUCGCCAAAGAAUUCAUUGACCAGUACUACUCCUCCAUCAAGAGGUCUGGCUCGAAAGCUCACAUGGACAGGCUGGUGGAAGUCACCAAAGAGAUAGAAACUACGGACACUUACCAGUUGCGCGAUACGGAGCUCAUCUAUGGAGCCAAGCACGCAUGGCGCAACGCUGCUCGUUGCGUAGGGAGGAUCCAGUGGUCCAAGCUGCAGGUUUUCGAUGCCCGGGAUUGUACCACGGCCCAUGGGAUGUUCAACUACAUUUGCAACCAUAUCAAAUAUGCCACGAACAAAGGGAACCUCAGGUCGGCCAUCACCAUCUUCCCCCAGAGGACUGAUGGCAAACAUGACUUCCGAGUCUGGAACUCCCAACUCAUCCGUUAUGCUGGCUAUAAACAACCAGACGGUACCAUCCUGGGCGACCCAGCCAGUGUGGAGCUGACUGAGAUUUGCAUGCAGCAAGGAUGGAAAGCUCCCUAUGGCCGAUUCGACAUCCUACCGCUCCUUCUCCAGGCCAAUGGGAAUGAUCCUGAGCUUUUUGAGAUCCCGUCUGAGUUAGUGUUGGAAGUCCCCAUUCGACAUCCCAAAAUCGAGUGGUUUAAAGACCUUGGGCUUCAAUGGUAUGGCUUACCAGCUGUUUCGAACAUGCUGCUGGAGAUCGGAGGGUUGGAGUUCUCGGCAUGCCCCUUCAGCGGCUGGUACAUGGGGACCGAAAUCGGAGUCCGGGAUUACUGUGACAGCUCUCGUUACAACAUCCUAGAGGAAGUGGCUAAAAAGAUGAAUUUAGACAUGCGGAAAACUUCCUCCCUCUGGAAGGAUCAGGCGUUAGUGGAAAUCAACAUUGCAGUCCUGUACAGUUUCCAGAGUGACAAGGUGACGAUUGUGGAUCACCACUCGGCCACCGAGUCCUUCAUCAAACACAUGGAGAAUGAAUACCGUUGCCGAGGAGGUUGUCCGGCUGACUGGGUAUGGAUCGUCCCACCCAUGUCUGGAAGCAUCACCCCUGUCUUCCACCAGGAAAUGCUCAACUAUAGACUUACACCGUCCUUUGAGUAUCAGCCUGACCCUUGGAACACCCACAUCUGGAAAGGCGUCAAUGGCACCCCCACCAAAAAGAGAGCAAUUGGCUUCAAAAAAUUAGCUAAAGCAGUCAAGUUCUCUGCGAAGCUGAUGGGACAAGCAAUGGCGAAGAGGGUCAAGGCAACCAUCCUCUACGCCACAGAAACAGGGAAAUCCCAGGUCUAUGCAAAAACUCUUUGUGAAAUCUUCAAGCAUGCCUUUGAUGCCAAGGUGAUGUCGAUGGAUGAGUAUGACACCGUUCACCUGGAGCAUGAAACCCUCGUUCUGGUGGUCACGAGCACCUUCGGCAAUGGAGACCCUCCGGAGAAUGGAGAGAAAUUCGGGUGUGCCUUGAUGGAGAUGAGAAACCCAAACUCCAGCUUAGAAGAGAGCAGAAGCUACAAAGUGCGCUUCAACAGUGUCUCCUCGUAUUCGGAUGCCCGGAAAUCCUCUACCGAUGGACCCGAAGCCAGGGACAACUUUGAGAGCGCUGGUCCUCUGGCCAACGUCAGGUUCUCUGUCUUUGGGCUGGGCUCACGAGCUUACCCUCACUUCUGCGCCUUUGCCCGUGCUGUGGACACCCUCCUGCAAGAGCUGGGAGGGGAACGCAUCCUGAGGAUGGGUGAGGGGGAUGAACUGUGUGGUCAGGAGGAAUCCUUCAGAACAUGGGCCAAGAAAGUCUUCAAGGCAGCAUGUGAUGUGUUCUGUGUGGGAGACGACGUCAACAUCGAAAAAGCCAACAACUCUCUCAUCAGCAACGACCGUAGCUGGAAGAGAAGCAAGUUCCGGCUGACCUACGUGGCGGAGGCCCCAGAGCUGACCCAAGGUUUAUACAGCAUCCACAAAAAACGAGUUUACGCCGCUCGGCUGCUGGCCCGUCAGAAUCUCCAAAGCCUCAAAUCCAGCCGUUCCACCAUUUUCUUACGGCUUCACACGAACGGGCAGCAGGGCUUGCGUUACCUGCCCGGAGACCAUCUUGGAGUAUUUCCGGGAAACCAUGAAGAUUUGGUCAACACCUUGAUUGAAAGACUGGAGGACGCCCCGCCUACCAACCAGCUAGUAAAAGUCGAACUUCUGGAAGAGAGAACUACGGCUUUAGGUACCAUCAGCAACUGGACCGAUGAGGACCGCAUUCCUCCUUGUACCAUAUUCCAGGCAUUCAAAUAUUACCUGGACAUCACUACCCCUCCCACACCCAUUCUCCUGCAGCAAUUUGCCUUACUGGCCACCGACGAGAAGGAGAAGAAGCGCCUACAAGUUCUUAGCAUGGGUCUUCAGGAUUAUGAGGAAUGGAAGUGGUCGAAAAACCCCACCAUGGUAGAAGUGCUGCAAGAAUUCCCAUCCGUGCAGAUGCCUUCGACCCUCCUGCUAACCCAGCUCCCUUUGCUUCAACCCCGUUACUAUUCCAUUAGUUCCUCCCCAGACAUGUACCAGGAUGAAGUCCACCUCACUGUAGCUGUGGUGUCCUAUCGCACCAGAGACGGGGAAGGCCCAAUACACCAUGGAGUAUGUUCUUCCUGGUUCAACCAGAUACAGGAGGAUGAAGUGGUGCCAUGCUUCGUUAGAGGGGCACCUGGAUUUCACAUGCCACAAGAUCCCAAGCUUCCCUGCAUUCUGAUUGGCCCUGGGACCGGAAUUGCACCUUUCCGGAGUUUCUGGCAACAGCGGCUCUUUGAUCUCAAACAUAAAGGGCUGAAACCAUGCCCCAUGACACUGGUCUUCGGUUGCCGACAAUCCAAGAUCGAUCACAUUUACAAAGAAGAGACUUUGCUGGCCAAGAGCAGUGGGGUCUUCAAAGAGCUGUUCACAGCCUAUUCUCGUGAACCUGAAAAACCAAAGAAAUAUGUCCAGGAUAUCCUGCAGGAGCAAUUGGCGAGCUCAGUCUACAAAGCGCUGAAGGAGAAGGGUGGCCAUGUCUACGUGUGUGGUGAUGUCACCAUGGCUGGAGAUGUCCUCAAGACCAUCCAAAGUAUCGUUCGGGAACAAGGGAAGCUGUCAGCCGAAGAAGGCGUUGCGUUCAUUAGCAAACUGAGGGACGACAACCGAUACCAUGAAGACAUCUUCGGAGUCACUCUACGCACAUACGAAGUGACCAACCGCCUCCGAUCCGAGUCCAUCGCGCAGAUCGAGGAAAGCAAAAAAGACACAGAUGAGGACACGGCACUCCAUGACCUUUGCUCUUCUGGGCCUCGUCCGGUUAUUGUGUCCUGAAGGAAGCGUGGCUACCGGUGCACUGAUGGGCGAUAAAAGGAACGGACGAUGGAGUUGAUUCUCUUUUCUCCUCCUCCCCCCCUCCCUCAUCCCAUCCUGUGGUCGUUUUUUUUUCCCCCUUUUCUGGAGCAACCCUGCUGAAGCGCACGAUGGCUUUUUAACAACCUUGCCGUGGCUUUUCUUUCCCCCCCGCCAAAAAAAAGAGAAAAAGCACAGCCACCAUCUUUCGUCCUUCUCUCUUUGCUGUGGACAAGGCCAUUUCCGAUUGGGCUGCAUGAAAUCCCUUCCUUUAGCGAUCCAUCCUCUGCAAGUUUGGGGCUUCGGGAGUUGGGGGACCGGCUUUCCGGUGGCGUGCCCGGCUUUGCCCAUCCACUCAGCACGAUUGGCUUCAAAAAUCAUCGGCUCGCUUUCUCUUUUCUUUCUUUCUCUCUCUCUCUCUCUCUCUCUCUCUUUGUUUGGGUCCUGUUGUCUUUGACGAAUGGGUGGGGAGAAAGGGGGGGUUGGCCGAUGCCCUGCUUUUUUCUGUAUCUCUGCUCGUGCUCAGCCUCUCCGCUGUUUCACACACAGCAUGCCGUGUUCCGUUCGAACUGUCUUAAUGUAGCUGUGUUCUUUGAGGCUCUCUUCCUUUUCCUCCUCCAUCCCUAGCAAGUUUACCAAAAAACCAGUGGUUAUCAAGACGGAAAAGGCCUUUGACCGGUCCUCCCUCCUUCCCUUCUUGGGAUUUACAAGGGAUGGAAAAGACGCCCGAAAUCGAUGAGCGGACAGCAAAUCCAUCCGAUAACUCUUGAAAUUGUUUUUGACUUCGUGCUGGAUAGACAACACAGAGAGCCCUUUAGGGAAGCUUAGAGAAUGCUGCCCAACGACCCACUCUGUGGAAGAAUCAUAAAUACAAGCCAGAGAGGCUCCCACCAUCCUUGAAGAAAGCUUCAAAAGUGGGGAGGGAGGGUCUUUUAUCAGCCUCUUCACCAAAUGACCCCUAAAAUCGAUGGUUGGGUUAAUCGGAAUUCAAAGGAAAUUGGUUAAAUCGAGGUUGGAAAUGAGGAAGAUAACUGAGGAUGCUGUCAUCGUUGGGGAUGGCUCCCUCCUUUUAUUUCCCACCCCACCCUCUAGCUUUCGGAGACUGGAGCCCUGUCAAAUAUCCAAAACCAUAUGUGCACAUUUGGCAGUUUACAUUGAAGGAGGCGGUAGAGAUGUGGGGUGGGGGGUGUUAGCUCAUGGCAAAACUGAUCCCUUUUUUUGGGUGCAUGUUUUUUUUUUUCAUAACAUUUCACAGCAAGUUUAACCCUCGUCGAUGAGAAACUACAAAUGUCGGAGACGGAGGACAAACUUAAUACUUGGGAGUAAUCCAGUAGUUGAACUGAUGCUGAAAGUUGUAGUAGUAGUUGGGUUUGGGAAAUUAACUGGCCACCUUAGAUGCCAAGGUCUAAACGCAUCCUCGUCAGUCAUUCUAAAUUUGCACAUCCUAAUAGAUGGCACGACAUUCUAAGACCGUGGUUUGUUUGGAAAAUGAACUGGCCACCUUUGCCUCUGUGAACUUAAGACCUUUUUUUUAUUUUUUAUUAUUAUUAUUUCUGUGCAUUGUCAUCUACAUUUUAGGAACGCCUCUUAGUCCCUAAUAAUUUACAUUCUAGUUCGGUCCUAAUUCAUGCCUUCCUAAACUCUUGAUUGUACCAUGCCUUCAUGAUCAAAGAAAGAAAUACAGCUUGUUGCCUUCAAAAUAUAUAUAUAUAUAUAUAUAUUUCAAAAGGAAAAGAGAAAAGAAAGAAACUGAAAAAAAGAAGAGAAAAAUUCAAACCACCACACUGUGAUAGGUUCAGAUCAUGUCUUGCACUGUAUUAGCGUGUCGGCGUUUUCACAGAUAGACACACAACUGCUUAGAUGUUGCCUUUUAAAGCAGCCGCAUCACUUGGAUGUCUGGAGCGCGAGCCGGUUAAUUGUGAGUUUACAUAAAGCUGUUCCUGUAUGUAUGUUUACCUUACUUGUAUUCCUCUAUGGAUUAUCAGUCUUUUCUGUGGUUGAAAAAAAAAUAAAAUAAAAAUGAGCAGAAAAAAAAAACGAGGGAAGCGUGCUAGAAGAAAAGAGCAUUAAAUACCAACAACGUCAAUGCGGAUCAGCUAAUCCACCAGGGAACUUAGCAUUUGCACAACUCACUAAGCCGACCCCAUUGCCGGACCUGAAAUAUCAAACUACGCUCUAACCGAGAUCAGUCACAGUUCACUAAUUUUAACUUUGGUCCUCUGAAUCAUCUAGACCUGGAUUUAAAGAGUUCUCUGAAGUUAUGGACACCUUGGAACAAAAGAGUUGGGAGGCUAGAGUGGCUAGAAAAAUGAGUCUGUUCUAGCAGCGACUCUUGUUGCUAAGAGCGACACAGUGGUUAGAGUGCAGUACUGCAGGCUACUUCUGCUGUCUGCCGGCUGCCAGCAGUUUGGCAGAUCGAAUCUCACCAGGCUCAAGGUUGACUCAGCCUUCCAUCCUUCCGAGGUCAGUAAAAUGAGGACCCAGAUUGUUGGGGGAAAGAUGCUCUGUAAACCGCUUAGAGAGGGCUGUAAAAUCACUGUGAAGCGGUAUAGAAAUCUAAGUGCUGUUGCUAUUCCUUCCUUCCUUCCUUCCUUCCUUCCUUCCUUCCUUCCUUCCUUCCUUCCUUCCUUCCUUUCCUGUGCAGUAGUUAGAAAGCAGUGUUGCAGGUAACUCUGCCAACUGCCAGGAGUUCGAUCCUGACCGGCUCAAGGUUGACUCAGACUUCCGUCCUUCCGAGAUGGGUAAAAUGAGGAAACCCAGAUUGUUGGGGGCAAUAUGCUGACUCUGUAAACUGCUUAGAGAGGGCUGUAAAGCACUAUGAAGCGGUAUAUAAGUCUUAAGUGCUAUUGCUAUUGCUAUUGCUAUUGUCCUCCUAUUUCUAUUUUUCCCCACUUCCCCUAUACACCCUUGUCCGAGGGGAGGGAAAUAGCUUCUCCUAUCCCAUUUAUCGCUGGUUCUGAUCCGAGUUGGGCCACCAGCUGUUUCUAGUUUUAGUUUUGCAGUUAAGAGCUUUUUUUGGAAAAAAAACACACACACAAAAAACCCAAAGGACAUCUGUUGAAAAUGAAAUGGGACAUGUUUUAGGGUCUCCUGCCUGAACAGGGGGGUUGGACUAGAUGACCUCCAAGGUCCCUUCCAACUCUGUUAUUCUGUGAUUCUGGGACAACUCAUUCCGGCCAACUCGCUACUGCACAACUCACCGCAGGACAAUUCAACAAAUAUAAAAGUUAAUUGAAUGUUGAUGGAACCGUGGCCAACAACAAUAAUGAAAGAAAGAAAGAAAGAAAGAAAGAAAGAAAGAAAGAAAGAAAGA